UUCUAAAAUAUGUAAUGUAGUUUGGAAGUAGUAUUUGGGAUAGUAUGUACUACUAACCGAAAAAGAAGGUAGAAAGAGACAAGAGAGUGAAGAAGCAUUGAAUCAACCAAAAACCACACUAAAACACCUUUUCUUCUCUUUGGGACACUACAAAAAAACCAGAACUCAUUUCACCAAUGUCUAACAAAAACAACAAAUCUCCAAUUUUCCCUAUGAUCCAGUCUCAACAUUUCAGUGAUUAUGGCUUCGAUCCCCAGAUCCAUUACUUUCAGGUUUUGGAAGAAGCAAAGAAGCACAAGUCCUCCAUUGACACGUUUCAGUUCAAGCUUCAGAAACCUAUAUCGAAAGACGAUUUGAUCCGGACCACUCUUCACAACAAGAACAAGAACAAGAAGCGUUGGUUAUGGUGCAAGAACGCUUUGUUCUUCUUCAAGUGUCGGAAAUGGCCAAUCUCACGAUGCUCCGGUGGAGACAACAAUAAUGAGUUUGACGAUCGUACUAGCGACGACGACGUUCACAUUGCUAGAGCUAGGAACUUUAGAGCCGGUUCGUUAUCUGGUCCGGUUUACGUGACGGAGAGCUGGAGCGGUUCAAGCACACCGUACCGAACGAUGACUACGACGUCGGCGGUUCAUCAGUAUCUGAGUCUACGGGAGCUUAAUAUGGAGCGGCAACAGAGGAUCACUACCUCUUCCUCUUCUAUGUCCGGUCCUAUUUACUUGGUCACGUGAUUAUACAUCAAUUUGCAGAAUUAUCCUUUUAUCAAAUUUUUUAUUGGAUAAGAAAAAAGAGAAUUAUUAAGAUUUGUUUUUUGGGAGGUGUGGUUAUAGUUUAUUUGCAAGAAAAAGCUUGGAUUUGGUUUGCGGGCCUAAUGGGCCCAAUUGUUGUAUAGGUUAUGAUGAGUCCAUUGCCUAAGACUAAGAGUGUACGCAACUUUUU